GGCCCCUUGGCCCCCUUCCUUUCCCUGCUCCACAGAGCCCUUCCCACAGCCGCAGGGGCACACCAAGGGGGUGAGGAUGCUGCCGCCCGAGCGGGCUCGGGCGUAGGACCCUCACCAUCGCAGGCGAGGAAGGGGCUGGGACACCACCUAGCCUGGCUGGGGCUCAGCAUGGCUGGGGACACCUUGAGCACGCAGCCCUAACCCCAGGGGAAGAGCCCCCACCGGGCAGCCCCUUUGCCAAGCAGCCGGGCAGCUGCUGAGCAGGUGGGGACAAGGGCAUCUUCGUCACCAUGCCCAGGCUAUGAGCCAGAAGAGGGGGUCCUGGCUCCCCCAGACGCCAACCAGCACUACAGGGACAAGAUGGGGGGCACAGACAGGGGGCAGGGGUCCUGAGCCCCCGCUCAUGUGGAUCCCGUAGGCAACUGCCACUGCUGGCUCCAUCCCCCGUGGCUAGGGCAUGGUGGGGAUUUUCUGACCUGUGCCAGAUUCAGGACACGCCGCUGGGACAUGGAACUCCGAGUUUAUCUUCUGCUUUUCUUCCCGUGGCUGGCAGUGCUCCCCCCCACAGGGGCCAUCCUGGACAUCACCCUGAUUGCCAACGUGCAGAGCCUGUCCCACUCCGACUUCUUCCUCUCCUGCGUCAUGGGCGAGCGUGACGUGAGCUACCUGCAGAUUGAGCGGGAGAACAAGAUCGUGAUGACACACCCCAAGACGGGCUUCCAAAACUACCGCAACCGCAGCAACCACGUCCAGGCCAGGGGCUUCUCCAUGCCCGACCUGGUGGGGAUCCUGUACUGCAUGGGGCGCACCCCAACGGAGCAGGCCCAGGUGGUCUACGUGCACAACAGCCACAACGCCCACCUCUUCCCGGUGAGGGCCACGCAGUCUGUGAACAUCGCCGAGACGGCCACCUUCUCUGCCAGGGUCCUCAAGAGGAAGGAGACGGACGUUAUGUGGAAAAGAAAUGGUACCUACUACCAGACCACAGACCGGGGCGAGGUGCGGGGCGACCUCUUCACCCUGACCCUCCCCAACGUCAGCGUGAGCGAAAACGGCGUCUACAGCGCCACGUUCAUGGGGGACAGCCCUCUGUGGAGUGCCUUCUACAGGCUGAUCGUGAGAGCAUGCACCGCGAAGAAGUGGGGACCAUCCUGCGAGAAGGACUGUCCCGACUGCCUGAACGGGGGUGUCUGCCACGACCACGUCGGUGAAUGCAUCUGCCCUCCCGGCUUCACGGGCACCCGCUGCGAGAGAGCCUGUCGGGAAGGCCAAUUUGGCCGCAACUGCCAGGAGACAUGCCAGAGAGCCCAGGGCUGCAGGGGGCUGAGCUUCUGCCUGCCAGACCCCUACGGCUGCUCCUGCGCCUCGGGGUGGAGCGGCUCCCGCUGCAACCAAGCCUGUCCCCCAGGAUACUACGGCCCCGACUGCGCCCUGGGCUGCGCCUGCCGGAACGGGGGCAGCUGUAACCGCUUCAGCGGCUGCGUCUGCCCCGCGGGCUGGCACGGGCAGCACUGCGAGAAGUCAGACCGCUUCCCCCAGAUCAUCAAGCUGGCUUCGGAGCUGGAGUUCAACCUGGGCUCGGAGCCCAUCAUCAGCUGCGUGGCCACCGGCAACCCACUGCCCGCGAGCGACGGCGUGGAGCUGCGCAAAGCUGACGGCACUGUGCUCAAGCUGGUCAAAGCCAUCAUCGAGCCGGGGCAGAUCACCUGCGAGUUUCAGGUGCGGCGCCUGAUGAAGGACGACGCGGGGCUCUGGGAGUGCAGAGUCUCCACCACCGGGGGCCAGGACAGCCGGAAAGUCAAGGUCAACAUCCGAGUGCCCCCAGCGCCCCUGAGCCCCCCCCGGCUGCUGGCCAAGCAGAGCCGCCAGCUCGUGGUGUCACCUGUGGACUGCUUCUCUGGCGACGGACCCAUCGUCUCCGUCAAGCUGCUCUACAAGCCCAAGGACGACACCUCAGUGUGGUCUUCUAUUGUGGUUGACAACAGCGAGAACAUCACCCUGAUGAACCUCCGGCCGGUGACUGCCUAUGUUGUCAAGGUGCAGCUGAGCCGGCCGGGGGACGGCGGGGAGGGCAGCAAAGGACCUGAGGCCGUCAUGGUGACCGAGUGCCUAGAGCCCACAGUCAAGCCCGUGAUUGAAGGCUGGUCCAUUGAGGAGAAAAACACACUUCAUGUCAACUGGAAAUUGCCAAGUAACCACGAGCCGGCACACGGGUUCAUCGUCCAUCUCUUUGACUCUGCGAGGCGCCUGGUCUGGGAGAAAAACAUCACGUCCAUCUCCGUGCUCUCCGCUCGCAUCGCAGACCUGGAGUUCAACAAGGAGUACGGGCUGGAGGUGCUGGUGUACCACUGCACCAGCCUGGGGCCCCCCUCCGACCUCUACAAGGUCAUGAUCAACAGCAAAGGGCCCUCCUCCCCACGGUCACUGUCAGCAGAGUCUGUGUCCGACACGGCCGUCAGGCUCUCCUGGCAGGUCCCCGAGUACCCCAACGGGGGCAUCACCAAGUACAUAGUGGAGCUGCAGCAGGUGGGGGGCACCAGCGAGCCCCAGUGGAUUGACACCGACAACGGCGCUGAGACCACCAAGACCGUCGGUGGCCUCAACGCCAGCACCACCUACCAGUUUCGUGUCCGGGCCAACUCCCACGUCCCGGGGGAGUGGAGCCAGCCUGUGAAAGCCAAGACCCUGGGGGGACGGAGCGCUGAGCGUGCCGCCCAGCCUGGGCAGCCAGAGCACCGAGCAGUCGGGAAUAGACCAGCAGCUGCUCUUGGCCAUCGUCGGCUCCGUGUCCGUCACCUGCCUCACCAUCCUCUUUGCCCUCCUGGCGCUCUUCCUCAUCAAGAAGAACUUUUUCCACCGGCGCCGCACCUUCACGUACCAGUCUGGCUCGGUGAGUGCCACCUGCCCCGCCAGGACGGUGUCCCCAGCUCCCCACGUCCCAGCCCGAUCCAGGUCACGCUCCAUAGCCUCCAGUCCGGAUGCAGCCAGGCCUCACCUCCACGUGGAGAGGGGCGAAGAGACCAUCCUGCAGUUCAACUCGGGGACGCUGACGCUGACGCGCCGGCCCAAGCCGCAGCCCGAGCCCCUCAGCUACCCCAUCCUGGAGUGGGAGGACAUCAAGUUCGAGGAUAUGAUCGGGGAGGGGAACUUCGGGCAGGUCAUCAGGGCCAUGAUCAAGAAGGAUGGCUUGAAGAUGAACGCAGCCAUCAAGAUGCUGAAGGAGUUUGCCUCAGAGAACGACCACCGGGACUUUGCCGGGGAGCUGGAGGUGCUGUGCAAGCUGGGCCAUCACCCCAACAUCAUCAACUUGCUGGGGGCCUGUGAGAACAAGGGCUACCUGUACAUUGCCAUUGAGUAUGCCCCCUACGGAAACCUCCUCGACUUCCUCCGCAAAAGCCGAGUCCUGGAGACCGACCCGGCCUUUGCCAAGGAGCACGGCACCGCGUCCACCCUCACCUCCCAGCAGCUCCUCCA